AUGGCCUUGAAAUCUGAGGACCUGAGUAGUGGGUUCCGGCAUGGCAAAGUGAUGGCUUUCAUCAACGACAGGAUGUCCAGGCACGCGAAAGGCCCUGAGUUCUACCUUGAGAAUGUGUCUCUGUCCUGGGAGAAGGUGGAGGACAAGCUCAGGGCCAUCCUAGAGGACCGCCUGGUGCCCAGCCAGGCCAAAGAAGCCUGUGCCUGGAGCAGCCUGGCCCUGGGCGUGCGCUUUGCCUACAAGCAGAGCCAGUUACACAGGCACAGGGUGCAGUGGCUGCACGACUUCGCCGGGCUGCACAGAUCGGCAGCUCAGGCGUUGGCCUCAGACUUGACGUUGCUCGCGGCACAGCACGAGGUGGAAUGCAAGGAGGCGGCCUUCCGGCUGCAGCUGACCCAGGCCACCCUGGCGGAAGUGCAGAAAGAGCGGGACCUCCUGAAGUGGAAGCUCUUCAUGACCGUGAGAUUACCAUCGCCUGCCCCGUGCGAGCUGCAGCCUGCCCAGACGCCAGUCGCAGAGGGGCCAAGCCUGGCCACUACCGGUGGGGCUGGAACAGAAGGAACAAGUGAAGAUGAGGAGACAGGGGCCACUGCUACUACUGCUGCACCUUCUGAAGCCAUAGGAGGAGGAAGACAGGAGGAUGCAGAGGGGGCGGAAGCUGCCGAGGAGGCACAAGAUCUGAGUGUAGACCUUAUGCAGCUUCUUGGAGUUGUAGACCAGAAAAAUUAUACCUCUGGCGGGCAGAGGGAGGGAGGUUUUAGGUCAGUGGAAACAGCCAUGUAUUCUUUCUCUGGGAUGCUCAAGCCCGAGGCAACAGUCUCACCUCAACCCCUUCCUGUCCAGCUCCCUGCCUCAUUCACAUACUCAUACUCAUGCCCCUUAUCCCCCUUCCCAGACUCACCAACACCAUCCCCACCCACAUCUCCACCACAAGCACCGUUCACAGCAGGAGCUUCAUUUCAGACAUCUCCCCCCUGGGGAUCCUCUGAUUUUAGCUUGUGGUCUGAUGGAGGGAUCCAGGAAGUAGACCCUCAAGAAGGAUACAGGAGCGACUCUGAUCCCCUUCAGCAGCUAAGACUUCCAGUAUUUCGCAGGCCUGGGAAUUGGGAGUGCCCUUGGUGUAAAUCUGUAAAUUUUUCACUAAGGGGAAGUUGUUUACACUGUGGAAAGUGUAUCUGACUACAGAGCCCUCAAGUGAAUUCAGAAAUGUGA